CAUUGAAGAUUAAUAAGAGGUCAAAACACGACUUCGACAAGUUUUAAAAAGUUAGGAGUCGUUACAAGUAAGGGUUUUUUAAAUAAGUAAAUAUUCCAAACUCUUUUUAAUCUUAAAAAUCAAAAGCUGUGUUUUUAAUAAUCAUUAAAAAAGACGAAUGGAUAAUUAUACUAUUUAGAAUUUAAAGAAUACCGAUUGAAAUCUUUUUAGAAGGAAUGCGGUAAAAAAAAUAAAUGAAUUGAGCGAUAGAACUAUUUUUGAAUAAUUAGGAUUAUCAUCAUUGAAUUCAAUUGAAUGUCUGAUUUUUUGUAUUUAGGCAAAGAACAAUUUCUAAUGACUGGAUAGACCGAAGUUUUUCAAAUCACGAGAUUAGAUAUUUCAGUCUGAAGAAUAUAAUGCAAUAUAUAAAAAUGACAUAAUAAAGCAUUCAGUUUUUCACUGAGAUAAAAAAUUUAAGAUUCGAAAAAAUUUGACGAAAUAUUUUCAUUGGAAAGUACGAGGAAUUGGGUAUCAUCUAUUGGUAUUCAUAUCGGGAAAAAUUUACGUAUUGCAUGUGUGUGGUGUACAAUUAAAUAUGGAGAAAGAACUAAAGAAACAUUCGCCGUUUCCUCUGAAAGAAGGAAAAUUUCAGUGUGAAUUAUGUGGAUUAAACUGCAGUAAUACAAAAGCUUUAAAUACGCAUUUAUCUUGUCAUUCAUAUUUAAAACCACACGUAUGCGAAACUUGUGGAAAAGCGUUCAAACGAAGAAGUCAUUUAAAAAUGCAUACAAGCGUUCAUAUGAAAGAAAAGCCUUAUGUAUGUGAAGUCUGUAGUAAAGCAUUCAAGAGCAGAAAUACAUUAACGCAACACUACCAUAUCCAUACAAAAGAGAAACCUUAUGUCUGUGCAGUCUGUAAUAAAGCAUUCGCUCGUAUGUCUAAUUUAAAGGUACAUUUACGCAUUCAUACAAAAGAACAACCUUACGUUUGUGAAUACUGCGUCAAACAGUUUUCGCAAAGAAAUUCAUUAAAAUUCCAUUUAAGUAUCCACACAAGAGAAAAACCGUAUGUUUGUGAAGUUUGUCGUAAAGCGUUCACCGAAAGAGGCGCUUUAGCGAAACAUUUACGUGUUCAUUCGAAGGAAAAGCCUUAUGUCUGUGAAGUCUGUAAAAAGCCUUUCUCACAUUUAUAUAACUUAAGAACACAUUUGCGCAUUCAUACGAAAGAACAACCUUAUGUUUGUGAAGUUUGUAGUAAAGCGUUCACCCAAAGAGGCACUUUAACGAAACAUUUACGUGUUCAUUCGAAGGAAAAGCCUUAUGUCUGUGAAGUCUGUAAAAAGCUUUUCUCACAUUUAUCUAACUUAAGAAGACAUUUGCGCAUUCAUACGAAAGAACAACCUUAUGUUUGUGAAGUUUGUAGUAAAGCAUUCACCGAAAGAGGCACUUUAGCGAAACAUUUACGCGUUCAUUCGAAGGAAAAGCCUUAUGUCUGUGAAGUCUGUGAAAAGCCUUUCUCACAAUUAUCUAACUUAAGAACACAUUUGCGCAUUCAUACGAAAGAACAACCUUAUGUAUGUUAA